AUGGGGCCUCUACGGAGUGCCCAGGCGAGAACGCGCCCCCGGCGAGAGAUUUUGCAGCCUUCAAACGUCUUUGAAGACUCGGACCACGACGAAUACGCUGACUUCCAAGAAGCUGAACCCCCCUCAAAACGCAUACGUACCCUGCGCAAGGCCCAAGAGUCGCCCAGAUGGUCGCCAGGAGAUCGAGGCGGAGGAAGCAGACAUACUGAGGCCGAACGUGCACGCGCAAAUCUAAGAACGCCUCGGAGAGGUGACGAACAUAAAACCCCUCGAACUCGCCCAAGAACUAGCAGUGAUCGGAGAAAGACAAUACGAACUACGUCUCGAGUAUCGGCCAGGAGCACUACGCGUGGAGGUGCUCGUCCUCGCUACAGCACCGCCGCCGCUGCAUCGGCCGCUGCAGCGCACGGAGAUGGUUACAAACCGCGAGAAGAGCGAGGCUGGGAAGAGUUUCAUCCAGAUCUGGAUCUAGAUGCCGACUUUGCGGUCCUGCUCUCUGAAGAAGUCGAUGGCGUUGUCAAGAAGACCACCACAACCGGCAGCAGUCUGGUGCCCGUAUCUGCAGGAGACGGGCACUCUCCUGUGCCAUCCCCUUCAUUUUCUCCUCGCAAGAAAGCUGGAAGACCAGUGCGCAACCCAAAUGCCAUGGUGCACGCUCUCCUUACCCCCGAGAUCCCCAAAUUCGUUCCAGCACCGGCUCCCAACCCGCGAGAGCGACUUACUCUCAUGAAACCCUCCUAUCGAGAACUAGACCCUUUCUUAUCAUAUGAACAAAAAGAUGUCGCACAGGUUGAUUUCGUUGACAAAUCAAUGGCCAAUGUUGGCUAUCAGGAAAGCGAAAUCUUCAUACGGCCUGAGCGGACACAUAUAAGACAGACGGAAGGUUCUGCCGAAGAAGAUCUUGACCUGAGCCCAGACCUAAUCACCAAUGGUGAAAACUCUGCUAUUGGCAGUAGUGGGGUAGGCCGAGUCGAGUAUGAUAUGGAUGAGCAGGAUGUCAAAUGGUUAGAAAACUUCAACAGAGGCCGCGCCAAAGAUGGUGUCCAAACCAUAAAACCUGCAAUAUUUGAAAUCACAAUGACCAAGGUCGAAAAGGAGUGGCACGCACUAGAAAAGCGGAUACCAAAACCCAAUCCUAAGGCCCCUCAGACUCAACGGCCACGAUCCAGUUCGGCAGCGGCUGUUAACGGCGAACCUGCAGGUGAAGAGCCUGACAGUAAAUGCGCAAUCUGCGAUGAUGGUGAUUGUGAGAAUGCCAACGCAAUUGUCUUUUGUGACGGUUGUGACUUGGCCGUGCACCAAGAAUGCUACGGCGUCCCAUACAUUCCCGAGGGUCAAUGGCUCUGUAGGAAAUGUCAAUUGGUGGGUAACUCACGCCCAAGUUGUAUCUUCUGUCCGAACGAGGGUGGUGCAUUCAAACAAACCAAUAACUCAAAAUGGGCACACUUGUUCUGCGCAAACUGGAUCCCUGAAGUCACUAUUGGCAAUCCAUCGUUGAUGGAGCCGAUCACCGAUGUGGAAAAAGUACCUGCGAGUCGCUGGAGACUUACAUGUUAUAUCUGUAAGCAGGCUAUGGGUGCUUCUAUCCAAUGCAGCGACGGUAGAUGCUAUGAAGCUUUCCACCUGACCUGUGCUCGACAAGGUGGACUUUAUCUCAGAAUGAAGACUGGAGGUGGACAGAACACAUUGAUGGAACAGUCACAACUCCGAGCUUACUGUCACAGACACACCCCUGGUGAUUGGAAGGCCGAGCACCAUACUGAUCGUGCCUAUGAGGAGGCAGCCAAAUAUUUUAAAGAGCAUUUCAAAGGCCAGAUAUGGGCUGACAGCCGAGCUUCGGCACUUGCCAUCGACAAUAUUCACGAUAUCCCCAAUACUGGGAAAGGCACGCAAAGGGUGACACUAACCAAUAGGAAGGGUCAAAAACAAAAGACCAUAUGGCGCCUACCCUCCGGAGCUCCGGUGAUACCAGAAGUCAUACUGAAAUCCAUCGAGGACUCUUUAGUCAGAUUCACUGUGCAGAAGAAGAAAGAGUAUGUUUCUGAGAUCUGCAGGUAUUGGACGCUCAAACGCGAGGCGCGCCGUGGCGCUGCUUUAUUGAAGCGACUCCAGCUCCAGAUGGACACCUUUAGCUCUUUCGAAGUGACUCGACGCGACUACAAAGCUCAAGGCGCUGCAGGACGCGCCAGGCUGGAUAGACGCAUCGAAUUUGCCGACAGACUGCUGAAGGAUAUGAAACAACUAGUGCAGUUGUGCGAAUCCGUUAAGCAACGUGAAGCUGCUAAGCUUCAGGAGGCCAUGCUAUUGAAGGACGUCAUCGACACUGUUUAUUUCCCCAUACCACAUCUACUCGAGCCGAUUGUCGAAAAAGCACUCAAACUUGACCGCGGACUCUUUAGAAGCGCCUUGCUGGAACUCCAAGCUCGAGUUUUGAGAAGAGAGCAUACUUCAGUAGCCUCUUUCUCCAAUGAUGUGGUGCGGGUGAUCAACUCACAAUUUGGAAACAACGCCUCCAACAUCUCAGAACUGAUCACCCUUGUUAGUGGGAGGGCGGAAGACAUGAAGCCGGAUGUAAGAGACCGUCGCACGUUGGCACGAAGAAUUGUCAAGGCUGUUGAACCAUUAUUAGAAGACGCCAUCCGAAAAGAGGCUGAGCUGAAUGGUCGGCCCUAUGCACAACAAAUUCGGGAAAUGGACGAGGCUUUACUUUCUCGUCGCGGUUCGUUAGUUGAGUCACUGGAAACGCCAGGACUUGACUCUUUGGAACCCAAACCACUCCUUGGACUUGUGACGUUUGAAGACGGCGAUAUGGAAAUGGAGAAUGCUGUUGAUGUUGUCAACAAGGAGAGGCCCACUCUCGAAGCUGCGACAAAUAACGACUCUGCGAAUGAAACGCCGGAGCUCUUCAAAUCAGAGAGCCUCCUGAUAGCAGAGCACAUUGUCUCGGCAAGCACACCACCAGCUUCGACCAACGGGUUCAAACACGAACAACCUCCAACAGAUGUUAUGAACGGCAUCCAGAACCCACAGCUGGAACCACCAACACCACCGAUGAGCCUAGAGGGCCACGUCCAAACACUGACCUGCCAAGGUGGCAUCCCAUGGUACGUGGCACAAUUUGAUCCCGAAGGCACGACCAUAUUCGAAGAACGUUGGACCGGUCCAGAAGUUCUCCGCGAGAUGAGUGAAGAACUGAGUGAAAUGGAUGAAGACGAGCUUCAAGGCCUCGGAGGCGCUGGUGGCGAUGAUUUCACGGAUGGGGCUGGUCAAGAAGCCAACGGCCUGGUAUCUGCCGACGAUGGCAUUGACGGGCCGACCAUCUCCGUCGAGUCUGCUGCGUUGAGGAAGAAGGCAACCGCGAGUCGAAAGGGAGCUAGGAGAGGCCGUUCUGCUGAGUGGGGUGCGAAGUCGUUCCGGCAUCGACGAUGA